GGCGCGGCAGCUCGGGACGCGCAGUUACAGGAGUGGCGGACGACUCAGGCUGUGGCCGCUCCGUAGGGCGCUAUCGGGUCUGAUCCGAGCCAGCUAAGGAUUGCUCAGGGCACCUGGCCGCCCCCGGUUGGCAGGAGCUGGGCAGGACAACUUUUUAGGCUGACGAGACAGGCUCAGCUAUGGCUCCCAGUUUUGGAGACACUGGCGAAUUUGAGCUCAAGGAGGUGUGGUCGUCUGCUGGAGUUCAAGGCCUUUUUUCUGAGUCUGUAGUGAGGCGGUGAUUCUGGGGUGGGAGUGGAUGGAAGGAGCCUGGCCUCGCACGCGGAUCUGGAAACUACUUAAGCACUGGAGCUGGCCAGAAGGGUCCUGUGGUGUAGAUUGCUGUGGGGACACCAUGAGCUGCCUGACUUCUCAUGACGGGGAAGCCUGCUGUGCCUGCUCUGUACUCCUGGAGGGAAGUCUUGCUCACGUGUCUACCGACGACUAGGACAAGGAAGAGAAAAGAAAUGAGCCGUCAGACUGCUACAGCAUUACCUACUGGUACCUCCAAGUGUCCACCAUCCCAGAGGGUGCCUGCACUGACCGGCACAACUGCAUCCAACAAUGACUUGGCGAGUCUUUUUGAGUGUCCCGUCUGUUUUGACUAUGUGUUACCACCCAUUCUUCAAUGUCAGAGUGGCCAUCUUGUUUGUAGCAACUGUCGUCCAAAGCUCACAUGUUGUCCAACUUGCCGGGGCCCGUUGGGAUCCAUUCGCAACUUGGCUAUGGAGAAAGUGGCCAAUUCAGUACUAUUCCCUUGUAAAUAUGCCUCUUCUGGAUGUGAAAUAACUUUGCCACACACAGAGAAAGCAGACCAUGAGGAGCUGUGUGAGUUCAGGCCUUAUUCCUGCCCAUGCCCUGGUGCUUCCUGUAAGUGGCAAGGCUCUCUGGAUGCUGUCAUGCCUCACCUGAUGCACCAGCACAAGUCCAUUACCACCCUGCAAGGGGAGGACAUCGUUUUCCUCGCGACAGACAUUAACCUUCCUGGAGCUGUUGACUGGGUGAUGAUGCAGUCUUGUUUUGGUUUUCACUUCAUGUUGGUCUUGGAGAAACAGGAGAAGUAUGAUGGUCACCAGCAGUUCUUUGCAAUUGUACAGCUGAUAGGAACACGCAAGCAAGCUGAAAAUUUUGCUUACCGACUUGAGCUAAAUGGUCAUAGGCGGCGAUUGACUUGGGAAGCUACUCCUCGAUCUAUUCACGAGGGAAUUGCAACAGCCAUUAUGAAUAGUGACUGCCUAGUCUUUGACACCAGCAUCGCACAGCUGUUUGCAGAAAAUGGCAAUUUAGGCAUCAAUGUAACUAUUUCCAUGUGUUGAAAAGGCAGUCAAAUAUUUCUGGGCCAGUGUUUAAAACUGUUGCAUUCAGUUUCACAGAGAUUGAGGCACCCAUCUGCCUAUCUGGUAGGUGGAAGCUAGACACAUGAAGGUAAAUAAAAGAGAGGCUUUAAAUACAGGAAACAGUUGCAUGUAGUAACACUAAUAUAUUUAAAAAUAAGUCAACAGUAAACCACUGAAAAAGUAUAUAUAUAUACACCCAGGAUGGGCAUCUUUUGUAUUAAGAAAGGAAGCAUUGUAAAAUAAUACUGAAUUUUGUGUUUGUUGUAGAUUGAUUGUAUUGUUGAAAAUUUUGGGUUUCUUUUGUUUUUGGCGCGCAUUUGUUUUUCCUUUAACUGAAAGCCAUUGGGUGGUCCUGGGCCACCAAUUCUCCCCUUUGUGAGUCAACACAUAGUGCUGCUGUGGUUCUGUCCCGUGUCCCCUCCCCACAUCCCCACCCCCAGUGUGUGAGUGUAUUUGCUAAUUUUUAUUAAUUCUAGUUUUUCAUUAAAUAAAUUACUUUCUUUUCUGUAAUUCAGGGUUUUCCUCACUUUUUUGUACCUUUUUAAAGUUAGUGUCUUUUGAUAUGCAUAAUUGUUUAUGGUAAAGUUUGUGUUCAGUACAUUCUUUCCUCAUUAAUCAGUUCACUAGAAAGCUUUUACAUUAGGCUAUUUGUGAAGAUAGGAUUCCCUGAAAGGGACCCUGGGAAGAAUUAUCAAAAGCUACUUAAAACAGCUCAUGAUAGUCUCUUUCUCAUUCUGUCACUGUUUCCAUUUGUGUGAUACCUUCAGGCUUACUUUUUGAAAGGUUAGGGAAUAAAUUCUGAGUUACCUAAUACUGAAAAACCAGGCUUCUUAUUUUUCUUUUCAAAUAUCUUGGACAAAUCACAUGUUUAAAAUUUGUUCCUGUAUUUAUCGGUUUUGCAAAAGAAAGUAUCAUCAUCAUACACAAUAUUUGUAAUUAAAAAUCAUUUGUUUAAAAACAGGCAGUUUGCAAAAAAUGUUUUUGGUCUUUUAUAAUUCUCAUUAAAAGAU